AUGGUCGAUCUCAGCCCCGCAUUCGUCAAGGCCCAGGAGGACUCUAAGAAGCUCACCUCCAAGCCGACCAACGACGAGCUUCUCGAUCUAUACGCUCUCUUCAAGGUCGGCAACGGCGAGGACUUCAGCAAGGCCGAGAAGCCGGGCUUGUUCGACCUCAAGGGCAAAUACAAGUACCAGGCGUGGCAGAAGCUCGUCGACGAAGGCUUGAGCGCCGAGGCCGCACAGGAGCGCUACGUCAAGAAGGUGGAGGAGCUCAAGGAAAAGUACGGCUUCGACGCCAACAAGCAGCCCGAGGCCGUCGGCGGCUCCUCGUAG